AUGGCACCCACGGGGUUUAUGGACAUGUUGAAAAGCCUAUAUAGCGAAGAUGAAAAACCGGCGCCUGUGCUUUCGAUUUACACAGCUGUUAUUCUUUCAGUUGUCUUCACCCUGUUAUACGUUAUCCCUUUCUAUCUUUCUUCGUCAACUAGUCCAUCACCUACUUUGAGUAGGGAUUCACCAUCAGUGAUUAAGGCUCGUGUUCGAGCUGUAACAACAUCAUGUUUUCUCUCAAGUCUGGGAAUAUUCUGCUUUUUUGUCUUUAAAGCCAACUAUUCACCAGCUGAAGCACUGCGGUUAUUGGGAUGGUGGCCAAUUGGGCCCUUGGAGAUUGCAAAAAGUUUCCUAUUGACAGCACUGCUAUUUAUGGGCCCAUUAUUUGAGGCUGGGAUUGUGGAGGGUGAGUGGAAGGAUUGGAUUCGUGGUCGCCGUGUAGCAGAAACACUUGGGGGAUGGAUAGGCUGGAGAAACUUUGUUGCUGGUCCCAUCACGGAGGAAGUCAUCUUCCGCUCAAUAAUUAUUCCACUCCACUUGCUAACUGAUCUCUCUCCUACCCAAAUUGUGCUUGUCGCCCCACUCUACUUCGGAAUUGCUCACAUGCACCAUUUCUAUGAGUUCAGACUUACCCACCCCCACACCAGUUUUACCGCCUCCAUUGCUAGAACUGUCUUUCAGUUUGGAUACACCACUAUAUUUGGCUGGUAUGCCACUUUCCUAUACCUUCGGACCGGCUCAUUGCCGGCUGUGAUUCUUGUCCAUGCAUUUUGCAACUACUGUGGACUACCCCGUCUCUGGGGACGGGUGGAAGCGCGGGAGUCUUCGAUCCCAAUCAUCACCAGGGGCAAGGAGGAUGCAGUCAGGGGAACCAACUCCACCUCACAUAGAUCAUUAAAUAUCGGAUGGACUGUAGCCUAUUACAUUAUCUUGGUUGUUGGAGCUCUUGCCUUUCACUCUCAGCUGUGGAGAUUGACAGAGUCACCCCAUGAGUUGGUGUCUUUCACUCCUCCUGCUUAA